UGCCAUCCUCCAUGUUGAACGUCUCGGUUCUCGCCCGGACGGAGUCAAACAUGGUCUCCUCAGUGAAUAUAUGAUAAUAAGUGCACCGAAAAUGUCCUCGAUCUCGCAGGGCUUGGAGUUCCUUGACCUGGAUGGGGUGGGAGAGGAUGUCAGCCAAUAUCUGGUGGCACUCUGCCGGGAGAGUAACCCCGCUGUGCAGGUGCUGGCCACGGAGGUGCCCGCUGCCCCUCGGAGGGUUGGGGCCACCUCAGAGGAACAGGCAGCCUCCUCCCCUGCUCUGUCGCCAUCCCCACAAGUAACAGCUGCCGACAAGGAAGUGGAGGAGCCUGCAAUGCUGAUGGACCAGACCAUUCCUGACAUUGGCCAGGAGGAGUUCGCAGGACCAGGGACUUUCCUCCCUGAUGGGGGCUUCGUUGGCGAUGGUAAGGUGAGUGUGAUGGCUGACUCUCGACCACCACCACCACCACCCCAGGCCACCUCCAUCACCAGCACCACUAUCACCACCCCAACCACCACCACCACCACUGCUGCAGCUGCCACACUGGCCACCUCUGUGCCUGCAGAGAUAGUCCCGGUCAGGGACUUCAACGUGCCUCCACCCAUUAUUUCUUCGCAGAACCAGCAGGGAGCUCCUCAGGGAGGCCAGCAGAUGUUCCACCAACCUUAUCUGUCAGCUUCCCCUAACAACCCCCCAAUAUAUAACCCACAUAUGCCCCCCCCUCCACACCCGCAGCCUCCGCCUAAUAACUUGUACACUCAAAUCCCGCCGCCUACUGUUUUGCCUCAUGGAGCAACGGUUUAUGUCGCUAACUGUCACGUCAACCUUUCCCCCUAUAAUGGAGGUCAGGGGCAGGCACCCGUUAUCACAUCAAAUGCUGGACCGUCUCAGUCUCCUCCGGCUGCCCCUGUCAUGCAGUCUGUGCCAGUCAUGUCUGAUCAGCCUGCUGUGCAUGUGCCUCCCGUUGUCAAACCUAUGCAUGAGAAUAAGCCAGAGUUUGAGAACAGGAGGUUUGACCAGUUCCGAGGGGGCCACCGUGGGCGUGGGCGUGGACGUGGACGUGGGAAGCGCAACAACAGUGAGAGGAGCAACUCGGUCAGUAGUGACCACUCAGGGUAUGGCAAUGAGAAACACUACACAGAUGGCAUGGGACCCCCCCAAUAUGGCCACGUGGCUGGACCCUAUAUGUAUCCAAAUGUGCCGUACCCAAUGCGUGGAGCCAAUUAUCCACACUACCCUAGUGUCCCAGCUGCACAAACUGUUCAAGGUGUACCACUUAUGUACCAGCCUCAACAGUACUCCCAUUAUGUACAGUAUCAGGCUCCAAACCAGGGCCACAUGAUGCCCUACCAGCAGCAGACAAUGCCUCCUGGCUCGCAGCAUCCCAGCACACUCCAGCACAUGCACCAUCAGCUGCCACAUCACCAAUCUACACACCAGCCCCCGCAGCAACCUCCACAUCACCACCAGCCUCCGCCGCCUCUACAGCACCAGCAGCCUCCGCUUCAUCAUCAUCAACAGCAGCAGCCGCAUUACCCACAACAUGAGCCACAGCAAGUUCAUGUACCUCAUCAGGAUCAAUUUCACGUACCAGCACAGCCACAGCAGCAUCAGCAGCCUCCCCCUCCACAGCCACAGCCACCACCCCCUCAACAGCCUCCUCCUGCAGUAUUGGAGCCCCAGCAGCAGCCACCAGUAGCUCAACACACACAGCAGCCGGCAAACUACGAACCCCAGGAAGCUCCAUUGCCAGUAGAAGGCCAAACCAAUGGGCAGUUUGUGGCCGACUCUCAGGCUCCUGCUUCACAAUUUGAAAAUGAUGGUUCAGGUGGUGUACAGCCAACAGAUGGAGCAUCAACUUCAGCGGAGAUGCCUAUUGCUAUAGCAGAAACAGAUAAGUCUAAUUCCCUCAUCACACAGACAGCUGCCUUGUCCUUAGAAGAUCCUGUAGAAUCAGUAAUCACUAACAUUCCUGCAGAACCUGAACAACCAGUUCCAGACAUUCAGGAGAAUAUUCCUAAUUCCACUCAACUGGUUUAUGAGGAAAACCAUGCUCCAGUCUCUCCCCCCAUAGCCAAACCAGUCACAACCCCGGACAUGAAGGAGGUUAAAUCUCUCUCCAACAAGCCUCAUUCUGCUCAGAAUGGAUUGGGUUCAUCUGGUAAGCCCCCUGUGCAUGAGCCUCAGAUUCUAAUCCCCAACUUCAAUAAAGGGAAGCACAUGCAGAAGCUGGCUGUUGACAUUACCGGUAAUCAUACUACUUUGUCCGAGAUAACCUUCAUGUCGGAUGAGAUUCAACCUAAUGUUGAUCCUCAGGAGCCAGUGGAAUUUGUGCCGGUUCCCAAAGCAGCCGUGAUCAUUCCACCUGCAGUCUCCCAGAGUGUUUCCCCAGUCAAUGUUCCUUUCAAAGCUUCCCCUCCUUCAAGUGUGGAGCCUCCAGUCCCAUCAGGAAACAAGAGCAUUGCCUCCUCUUCAUGGGCAGCAAAUGGUGGGACAGUGGUAAUAGCUGGUGAUGGUGGGGUGGUGCCACCCAGUACUCCAUCAGUGGCCAGUCCUGCUCUUUCAGAAGUGAACAAGAAGGAGGCUGUGAUGCCCGAGAUGGCAGCCAGUGCCCAACCCGGUGGAGCUUGGGCUCAGAAGAAGAGCUGGUCCCAGUUGUUUAAGCCAUCCGAUGAAGGAGCAGCCAAGCAAGUGGCUUAUGUUGCACCCUUCAACCAGGAGACAGAGAAGCUUCGGGAGGAGGCAACAGAGAAGGCCCCUGACCAGCCUACAUCGGAAGUGGAUCUGGAUAAGGUCAAAAUUGGAGGCAUGUUGCGAGAGUACAACCAAGACCAUCGCCAGGUUGCUCUUCAGCCUCGAGGACUGAUCAACAAGGGAUAUUGGUGCUAUGUUAAUGCUCCUCUGCAAGCCCUGCUAGCCUGCCCUCCUUUCUAUAAUUUAAUGAGAAAUGUGCCCAACAUUGCUGGGCUCAAGAAGGGCAAAUCUUCAACACCAGUUCUGGAUAGCAUUGUGGAGUAUGUAAAUGAGUUCUCUGAUAUGGCUCCCAUGCUGAGGACAAGCAAGAAAGACAAGAACAAUUCAGCUGCACGCAAAGAACCAGAAAUAGUCAACGGCCCGCCAUUCGAACCAUCAUAUGUCUACAAGAUGUUGGCCUCCUUGAGUGGGGAAAUGUUUACUGAGGGUCGACAACAAGAUGCUGAAGAGAUGCUCUCCGUUGUCUUGAAUGGCUUGCACGAAGAGAUGGUGGAAGCCUUGAAACUGGUAAAUGAGAAUACUGCAGCCUCGGGCAGCAAUUCCGUCAAUGGCUCCGUAAACGGGGAAAAUGUAUCGGACAACGAGGAGAUGUCAGAUGAUGAUGAAUGGCAGGUAAUGGGCCCACGCAAAAAGUGCUGUGUGACCCGUAGGGCUCACUUCUCCCCAACCCCCAUUAGUGCCAUAUUCUGGGGGCAGCUAAGGUCUGUUCUACACCAAGCAGGAGGCCAACCUACUGCUAACCUGCAACCAUUCACCACACUACCAUUAGAUAUUCAGUCUCCCAAGGUUGAGAGUGUUAGAGAUGCUUUAGAGCAGCUUGUGAGCCGUGAGGAGAUUCCAGAUUUUACAUGCUCAAAGACGAACCAGGAGGUAACAGUGUGCAAACAGGUAUUCCUGGAGCACCUCCCUCCAAUCCUAAUUCUGCAACUCAAGAGGUUCAUCUAUGACAAGGAUGGUGGCCUGCAGAAGAUCAUGAAGAAGGUCAACUUCCCCAUAGACUUAGAAGUGACCAAAGAAUUGAUGUCAACCAACAGUCGAGGGAAAUACUCGGCCCAACAGAAGAAGUACAAGCUCCUGGCUGUUGUAUACCAUGACGGGAAGGAAGCCACUAAAGGUCACUACAUCGCAGAUAUAUAUCAUGGAGGUUACACCUGCUGGUUGAGGUAUGACGACAGUUGUGUGAAAGCUGUUCCAGAGGCCAGUGUCCUUCGCCAUGCCGCACCCAGGGUGCCCUAUCUCCUUUUCUACCGUCGUGGAGACACCAUGACAAGGCCAUCAACGAAAACCAAAUCUUGAGGACCUUGCUGAACAUUAAGAGGCCAGGACUUGCAGAUUCCUCCCAUGGGAGAGAAGCCCUUCGUCCUGAGGUCCAUGGUGUGCUCAGAUCAACCAUCUUGGGAAGGGAGAGUAUGGUUACCUGGCCCCACCUAUCCUUGGUAUGUUCUGUUCAAGCAGUGCCUGGAUUGCGGGAAAGGCAUUGAAUUACAACACCACGUGCAAGGACACCAGAAGUAGCCAGCAGCAUGAAGUUAACAAGUGUCCAUAAUCUGCUUAACCUUUUGUACCCAAGGAAUGUUGAAUACUCAUGAUAAUGACACUAGUUUAUUUUAAAGGAAAUUUAAACAUUUGAGAAUUAGUUCUUUGCGUCAAGUUUGUUAUAAACAAUAUAUAUCUCUAUAGUUAGUUUCACCAGACAAGACAUAGUAAUAGGUGUUUCUUGAUGAACAUCUCAAAGAUAGAUGAAAAGAAAACAAGAAGGAAGAGUCACUGAAAAAAGAUUGUGAGUGGAAAGAUAUUAACAUCAAAUGCAAAUGGAAAAAUGGAACUUGCUUUUUUCGUGAGCGGUUUUGUAAUAGCCAGAGAGAGUCAGAGCUAUUUACAAAUGACAAUGGACUCCAAUUGAAAGAGGUGUCAAGGGGUUUAUCCUCUUUGUAGGCUUCCAUUAUUCGUUUGGAUGGAGAGUGGGAUGUGGUGUGACUUGAUUUAGAGAAUUACAUACCAUUGUUGACCAAAAAAAAAAAAUGAAAAAUAAAAAAAGAAAAAAAAAGGAAUAAAAAAGAAAAAAAAUGUGAUAACAGUGGCCAUGAGUUACACUGUUAAUUUGUGUGCUUGUAUGUCAUUGUGAUUGGGUCUUUAGGUAUAUUGUUGCAAAUUUUCAACUUUGGCUCUGGGUUACUGUUAAUGACAUGUGCCUGUCUUUAAAGUGUUCAGAUAUGGCCCACUUUGAAACAAUAAUAUAUAUUGAAUUAAAUGCUAUCAGUGUGGCAGAUAUGUAUUGUGCAUCUGUCAAAUUUACCUAGCUCUAAAAAAAAAAUCAUAGGUAUAUACUAUUAUAAUCUUGGAAAAGUAAUGAAUUAAAAGAUGAUGACUUUCACUUUUUUUUUUUUUUUAUCUAGUUAGAGAAAACAUUUUAUAAUAUUCAGAAGAGUAUAAAGAAAUAUCAGAUUGUUAGUAAGCCCUUGAGAAUGAACAACAAUUAUUGUUGAAUGUAUUAGCUAGCCAUAAGAUUUUUUUUUUAUUAUGAAAAUUCAUGGUUCUCAAUAUUUGUGCAACAAUACAUUUUUUCAUGAAUUUCAAGGGUUUGGUUAUUUUUCACUGCAUUGUCAGUAUUUGAUUGAAAGAUUCAGAAUAGUUAUUUGAAGUAUUAUUUAGAUGCUUCCAGACCAGUUAGACAAACUCUUCAUUUGGGAGUGUUACAAGUGAAGUUAAGAAAAAUAUGGUGUUGAAAGGGAUCCCUGAACUCUUUCAAGUUUUUUUUUUUUUUUUAGGACCAGAUCGUAAAAGGUGCCAUAGGGGGCACAGGCCAAUUACGGCCACCCAGAUGGCACAAUGCCUUCUUAUAAUGUAGAGAGAGAGAGAGAGAAGCUUAUAUUCCUGUCCCUUUUCCCUCCAGAACUUGCUAAGUGGCUGCCACGUGUCUGUCAUGCCGCCCAAGUCAUGUAACAAUUCUCACCUCUUGACUUCGUGUUUGCUCUGGCCCUCAAGCGUCUCCAAUGGAACCAGAUGUAAAGGAGGUUGUAGUUUUGUGUUUAUUCACGUCUGACGAGGAUUUUUUCCUCCUGUGACUGCUUCCCCCUCCCCCCUCCCCCCUCCCCUUCCUCCCUCUUUCUGUUCGACGCAUAGUAUUUGCCACUUCAGCAAAUGGGGGGUGGGGGGAAGCCGUAUAAGUGGGCUGGGUCAGGACUUUGCGGUCUGUGGGAAAAUUAUCAUCACUAUUUGUUAUGGUUAAUUUUUUUAUUUUUACACUGAUUGGCUGUUCAAUACAAACUAGUCAAAGAAAGAAAGAAAGAAAGAAAAGGUAAAUAAAAGGAAAUGUCUCCUAAGCGUAGACAAGAUUCUCAAAUUAGAAUAUGUAAUGGUAUGUAGCAUAUUGUUGUAGCUAAGCUUACUUAUUAUCUGUGAGAGGAAAACAAAAUCAAAAUUUUUUAGAGGAUUUUUUUUAAAUGUACUCGAAGCAAACCGAAGCAGAAGGAGCAGUAAUCAUAAAUAUUCAAGAUUUGUUUUAGACUAAAGCUACUUUAUUACAUUUUCUAGCAAACUUUAUUUACUGAUUAACUUUAGUAUGUUGCAUUUCACAUGAAAGUGUUUACUACGUCCGUUUUUUUUUUUUUUUUUUUUUUUUUUUUUUUUUUUUUUUUUUUACGGCUAGGAAUUGUUUUCCUCUUAAACUUAGGUUGCAUUUUAUUUUUUUGUUUAUUUGUUUAUUUUCAUUAUUAUUUUUUUUUUUUUCUGAUUUUUUGUUUUUGUUUUUGUUUUAACUUUUUAGGUCCUAAUUGGGAGACAUCUUCACAGAUCUCCUAUAAUACAAAUGAAAAAUUUACUGUGUCAUUAGUUUUAUUAUUAUCAUUAUUAUUAUGAGUAUUAGUAUUUUUAUGAUUAUGAUUAUUAUUAUUUUUACUAUUACUGUUAUUACCAUUACUAUUGUUAUUGAUAUUUUUGUUUGAAUUUUCUUUGUUAUUUUUGUGUAAUGCACACUUCAUAUUUAUUAUCUUUUAUUAUAUUAUUUUAAGGCUGACUGUUAUUUUUAAGCCAGUAUCCCAUGAGUAUUUGGCCAAAGUUGCUAGUAGUGUUUGUCUGUUGUGUUCCAAGGAUCCCUCUUUUUUUAAAUUAUGUAGAAAAGAGAUGAAAAGAAAAGGAAAAAAAAAAAAAAAAAAACUUAAAACUGAUGACUGUGUUGAGUCAAACCCGAGCCUAUUCCUAUUUUAUGAAGCCUGAAGUGAUCGUGUUGUCGUCGAUGGUGUAGAUAUCCCGUAUACUUAAUGGACCGCAGUGCAUCACCUUAUUGAGAAGUUAUUGCAAGUGAAUGAUGGUGAUGGAGCGAGAGCUUGGCAAAAUGUGAAAGAAAUGUAACAGCUUGGAGGGAAUUUCACCCGUUUGAUCUCGUUUUAGAGUGUGUGAUGGGGCCUGAUGUGGUUCUUUGUGAUUUAUGGGAGUCCGGCCUCAUUUUCUUUUGUUCUGUUUCUAUUCUGUUCCUUUUCGUUAAUAGAUACCUUAUAUCUGAGCAAAAUGUGUGUAUUUACAGAUCUCACACAUUGCUUGUCAUAUUACACAUUACAUCAUACUGUACACAUCACCCCAAACACAUCUCCCCAUUGCAUACACUUUGUUAUAUACAUUGUGUAUAUAUGUGUAUGUGAGCUUUUGUUUUCUGUAAGUGUUUACACCUUUUACUUGUUUUAAUUUCUUUCUCUACCUAAUGGUUCUCAUGCAGCAAGCUUGAGAUACAGUUUUGCUAGAACCUUGUGUCUCAGGCAGUGGCCUUAACUGGCUGUGUGGUUCUGAAGAUUGCUUUGCAUCACAUGUAAGGAACUGCUUGUAUAUACAAUAAAUUGGCACUCUAGGUGUGCUUAAGUCCACUGCUAUCUGUACUUUUGUCUUUAACAAAGAGUCAAAUUCAGCAAUCACUUGCUUUUUUUCUUCCUUCGGAAACGGUCAAUGUUAUCUCGGAAUCAGAUGUGCAUUGUUUAGACUGAGGGCACACAAGAUUAUAGAAUACAAUUUCCAGAGAUAAUCUUCUGUUUACUCUCCAAAUCUUGGUCAACCUUCACUAGUUCAGUCAGAGAGCAGCAGCAGAUUGUCAGAAAUGCUUUUCUCUCCACAGUAAACAUGCCUUAACCACACAUACACUGAUGAAAAGCAUCUAUCAGCUCAAGGUAGGGACUCCUGAGGACAUCUGUGGAGUACAUUGAACAACUAAACAAGACUGUGUACAUAAUCAUCUGUACUUGACUGUAGGAUAAAUAGAUUGGCUGAUAUGUGAUACUGAGUUUCUGUUCAAGACACUUAUCCUCUUGUAGGAUAGUAUCUACACUACUGUGGUUUUCCUUUGAUGUCAGCAGGGUGGCAGUGUUUUUGCAUUUCCAUUUUAAUGAUUUACUUUUUUGUAUUAUAUAUUUUUUAUUUAUUACACAUAUCUUUUUAGUUAGUUUAAUCAUUGGUUUACAUAUUUCAUGCACCUGUUCCUUAUCAUUCAUUCUGUAUUGGGAGGGGUCCUGUAUCUUCCAACUAUUGUAUUUGCUCAGAGGUGUGACUACUGAGAAUAUAUAAAUUGUCACACUAGUAAAACUUAGGUUAUUUUAA